CUCCCUGAUGCCUUGUGUGUCCUGGGAAGGGGCGCCUCCUUGCCCCCCCCUCACCUGCCUGUCCUCCUCCCCUCGGACUUCCGGUUCCUCAUCAGGCUCAGCGUCAGCUUCUGCCCCAUGCAAGGUCUCGCAUGGCCAGGGAAGGAGGGCAGGGUUUGUGCAGCUGCCACACACGUCUCCGGGGCCCCGGCUUUACCCGGCGUGUCUGUUGGACAGGGUGGAACGCACGCGGUGACCUGUCAGGGCCCUUUAGUCUGCGCAGGUCGAAAAUGUUUCACCUGCUGAGACUGAGCACUUGGCAGGCGGGUUCAGCUAGGGGCCGGCUGGCAGGGCUGGGCAGCUCCAGACCCAGAGACCUGCAGUGCCAGUGGCAAGGUGUCCUGUUAUCUGGGGUCCAGGUGCCCCAUUAUCUGGGGCCCCACAUGGCGCCCCGUUGCAGUCGUCACUUGGUCCCUUUGGGUGAGAGCCUUUGAAUAAGGGAAGAGCGUCUUUCUCCACCACCCUAACUUGUCACCAGCCGGAUGGAGUCUUGAGCACCGUCCGCAGCAGUGGGGGGUGUCCAGUUUCAGAGAGAGGGCAGCCGAGGCCAAGACCUCCAUGGGCAAAGGAGAGCCAGUGAAGAGGUCAUGUGGCAGGGGCCAGAACCAUGCACGGGGGCACCCAGAAGGCAAGGUGCCACCCUGACUCCCCGCCAGCAUUCCCCCGAGUGCUGGUAGCUCUGCUUGGCAGUGGUGGCUCCCCAAGCUUGAGGGUAGUGCUGGAGGGGCAGGUGCGGCAGGGCCUGGGGAGCCACCCCCGCCAGAGCUCAGCCUGCGGCACUGGCCGCAGAACAGCCACCAGCCCGGCGCAGCGUGGCCAGCUCUUCUUGAGCUGGGACCGCCUGCAGAGACAGACCAGAAGGUGGCAGGAGAUUCGGAGGAAGCUGUGGAAAGAGGCAGAGGAAAAUGCAAAAAGCGAGGGGAUGGCUUGAAGAUGGAGAACGAUCCCCAGGAGGUAGAGUCUGAGAUGGCCCUGGACGCCGAGUUCCUGGAUGUGUACAAGAGCUGUAACGGGGUGGUCAUGAUGUUCGACAUCACCAAGCAGUGGACCUUCAACUACAUCAUGCGGGAGCUGCCCAAGGUGCCGACCCACGUGCCAGUGUGUGUGCUGGGCAACUGCCGCGACAUGGGUGAGCACCGGGUGGUCCUGCCGGAUGAUGUGCGCCAUUUCAUUGACAGCCUGCACAGGCCCCCUGGCUCCUCCUACUUCCGCUAUGCCGAGUCCUCCAUGAAGAACGGCUUUGGCCUGAAGUAUCUGCAUAAGUUCCUCAACGUCCCAUUUCUGCAGCUCCAGAGAGAGACUUUGCUGCAGCAGCUGGAAACCAACCAGCUGGACAUCGACGCCACGUUGGAGGAGUUGUUGGUGCAGCAGGAGACCGAGGACCAGAACUACGACAUGCUCCUUCUGACUGAGAGCUUGGGCGCCCCCCACCACCGUUGUUCCUGGGAGAGGGCAGCUGGGCCUCCCUGGUCCGAGACCUGCCCCUGGAAGAAGGCACUCUUUCUCGAGGUGAUGGAGGCACGCAGCCGUGGCCACGCAACUCCACUGGCGACCAAUGGGCAGAGCCCGUCCUCAGGGUCCCAGUCUCCACUGGUGCCUCCAAGCACCAUGUCCACAGGGAGCUCCAGCCCCGGCACACCACAGCUGGCCCUGCAGCCGCCCCUCCAUGUCCCCUCGGCCUGCCCAGCCCCCCUGACCCCCACGGAGGCCCCCGCCCCGCCUCCACGGCGCAGUAUCAUCUCCAGGCUGUUCGGGACCUCACCAGCUGCCGAGGUGGCCCCAGUGCCUCCAGAGCCAGCCCCAGCUGCAGGAGCCCCAGGAAAAGUCCAGAAUGUGGAGGAUUUUGUUCCUGAAGACAGCCUUGACCACAGCUUCCUGGAUGACCCAGCGUCCACGAAGGCUGAGAAGAAAGUUGCAGCCAGGGUCCAACAAGACAGUGACAGCGAUGAAGAAGCCCCAGGAGGGAACCCAAUGGUGGCAGGUGUCCAGGAGGACGUGGACCUGGAAGAUGAGCCACCCAGCAGGUUUCUGCUGCCGACAGGCCUUGUCCCAAGGGAAACCACUCUUUUCAGUGGGGAGGAAGCAGAUGAGGUGACAGGGAACCCCAGGGUCACUGUCCUGGCCCCCCAGAAGUGUGCUGAGCCAGAGACCAAAUGGUCCUCCACGAAGGCCUCGAGGCCGCACAGGGGCACAGGUUCCAGGGCCGAGGGCUCCCCCUAUGGGCAUGAGGACCGGAAAGACAAGCAGGCAGCAUCCUCAGAGAGUGACCCCGAGGGGCCCAUCGCCACCCAGAUGCUCUCCUUCGUCAUGGACGACCCUGACUUUGAGAGCGACUCAGACACUCAGCGGAGAGCGGAGGAGUUCCCAGUACGAGAAGACCUCUCAGAUGACACAGAUGAGGACGCCAGCCCUGCCCGGCCACCCCCACUCGCCAAGCCCCCCAUUACCUCCUUCAGAGUGAAGGGUGAGGAUCUCUUUGGUCUGGGGCUGGAGGAGACAGGCCGCCAGGAGAGCUGCAAUGCAGGUCUGGAGGGCAAGCCUGCCUCGAAGGAGAAGAAGAAGAAGAAGGGCAGAGAGGAGGAGGUGAAGGCCGCGAAGAAGAGGAGCAAGCAUAAGAGGAGCCGGGCCCGGGACGAGGGCCGCGGCCGGGACGAGCAGCACCGCCGGCGGCCCCGCGCGGGCAGGACGGCGGCCGCCGGGCUGGAGGCCUUCCUGGGGGGCGGGGCCCCGGGCGGCCACCUCGGCGGGGGCGGGGACUACGAGGAGCUCUAGGGCGCCCGCCGGAGGGGCGGCGGCGGGCAGCCGCCCCAGCGCUUCUCAGGGAUGGGCCGAGGCCGCGAGGCCGCCUACCGGAGCGAGCGCCAGCUUCGUCACCGCCGGCUCCUGCUUGCCGGGCAGCCGCACUCGCUUCCCCUCGCGGCGCAGCCCCUGGGCCCGGGUGUGCAGACGCUAGGCAGCGCCAGAGCUCGCCCCGGGCACGGGGCUCCGCUCCUGCUGCUGCGCUCCGGCCGCGGCCAGCCAGGACCUGGAGGUCCCCAGACCUUGACCCCUUCCCUUCACUCUAGACACCCCCGCGACCAUAAAGCUCUCCUGUUUCA